AUGUUUCGCCUCCUUAUUGAUGCGAGCCUAUUGGCAGUUGUGCUUGGCAUGAAGUGCCCGGGCUCCCCGUCCUUCUUCCACGCUUCUGCUGAAGUGGUAGCAAUCGCCGACGCGAGCUGCGCCGACGUCAAGGAAGAGAUGCUUGGGCGCGUGCAGUCAUCGCCAUGGACGGAUCCACACAAUGCUGGAACCUACUCGGUCUUGCCCAGCAAGUUGAGCAGUCAGCUGGACUUCUCUCGGCUGACAGGGGACAAGAAGUACACAGACAAGCUGACCAUCACGCUUGCCGAUGCGAGCGGAAAGUGCAUGAUCAUGGGAUGCUCAGAGUCCCAAGUCUUCUCCAUCUUCGACUUUUCGACUAAUUUCUGCAACUUGCGGAAUCUUUAUUGUGGGCCAUCGGAUGGUUGUCAGCCUGUGAAACAUGACUUUCGAGUGGUUGAGUCAAGAGUGACAGCCUCUCCGGGUGCUGGUUCGGAUGCGAAAAGCUGCAUCACCACGCUUACUCUCUAA